UUCCUUUCCUCAGCGGCUCAUUUUCUUACCUUUAGCGGCUACGCCGGCUUUGGCCUUAAGGCGGCGCCAUUAUGAGCUCCCUUAGCGGAGGUAGGCUCCGUACGGUUUAAAAAGCAGGUAGGGAACAGGAAAGGCUAUCGCGGGCUACGGGGAAGACGCUGCUCCGCGUCUUUUGAUCUUUCUCGGGAGCGGAGGAAGCAACCCUGAAGGGACCAAGCUGCUGCUGAACUUGGAAGCCGGAUGGUUUCUCCCGCUGGUCCCUCCAACGUGCAAGUAUCGCCGCGGCGCUCACUAGCCGCAGCGGCUCCUUCUUGCCUCCUGAAAAUACUUCGCGGCUAGCCGUGGGGCGCUCUUGGAGCCGGGAGGGAGCCAAGCGGCGCCGUCGAAAGCAGCCACCUCGCUGACGCAGCGGUGGGCUUUGGACUCUCCAGCCACAGCGGAGAGGCGGGGGGAUCCUUUGAUCAUUCAGUGCUGGAGGAGUCCCCAGAGAGCCCUUCCCAUGGAGGGGGGGAGAGUACGGCGAGCGAAGCAAGAGAGCCGGGAAAGCAGCGUCCAUAGCUGACCUCUCGUUUAAGGACUGCGCGCCUACUUUUUAAUGGGAACAAGUUUAUCUGGGAGAGCAAGUGUGGAUCCAUAUGGUUUUGAAAGACCAGCUGACUUUGACUACGCAACCUAUGAAGAAUUCUUUUCUAGAUACUUAGUGGUACUCACUCGAAGAGCAAUUAAGUGGUCCAAACUUUUAAAGGGAAGCACAAGGGUACAGAAAAACAUAAAAGUUAAACGCUAUAUCAGAAAAGGUAUUCCAAAUGAGCACCGUGCCGAAAUCUGGAUGGUAGUGAGUGGUGCUCAGUCUCAUAUGGAUCACAACCCAGGCUACUACCAGAAAUUAUUGGAAGGAGACCAUAACAGCAAACUUGUCGAAACUAUUAUGACAGACAUAAAUAGAACAUUUCCAGAUAAUAUAAAGUUCCGCAAAACUGCUGUUCCCUGUUUACAGAAAACACUCUACAAUGUAUUAGUAGCAUAUGGGCACCACAACCCAUCUGUGGGAUACUGCCAGGGCAUGAAUUUCAUAGCUGGAUACUUGAUUCUUAUUACAAGGAAUGAGGAGGAAUCAUUUUGGUUAUUAGAUGCCCUCAUCGGCCGAAUAUUACCUGAUUAUUAUAGUCCUGAAAUGAUGGGUCUGAAAACAGAUCAAGAGGUUCUUGGACACCUUGUGAAAAUGAAGAUUCCCGCUGUGGCAGAAUUAAUGGAAAAACAUGGCAACUUGUGGACUUUGGUGGCAUCCCGUUGGUUUAUAUGUUUGUUCAUUGACAUUCUUCCAGUAGAGACUGUGCUCCGAAUUUGGGACUGUUUGUUUUAUGAAGGAUCAAAAAUAAUCUUUCGUGUGGCCUUAACAUUAAUUAAGCAACAUCAAGAUUUCAUUUUGGAAGCUACAAAUUUUCCUGAAAUCUGUGAAAAAUUUAAGCAGAUUACUACAGGGUCAUUUGUAACUGAGUGUCACAUAUUCAUGCAGAAAAUAUUUACGGAACCUGGAAGUCUGCGAAUGGCUACAAUAAACAAACUACGAGAUACGUGUAGAGCAAAUCUGAUUACUUCAGUCUAAAUGAACAUUACUUCACUUGCUCAGAUACAAUUUUCUCAGGCUGCCAUUGACACUACACUAAUUAGCCCCAGCCUUUCAUGUGUUCAAUGGGAUUUUUUAUUUUAAAAAAAGCACAAACACUUUAAUUAUGUAAAUAAAAUGUAAUGUAGAUGUAAUCCCUUUUCAACAAAUGGACUAUAUAUUUUCAGACAUUUUUGUAAUAACAGAAUACAAAACUAUAUAAUAAAGUAUAUUUGAAGCUAUCAUUUUUUGAAUUGUAACCAUGUUAAGGCUCUGGACUUUAAGUAGAGAUCCUUGUUUAGAAAACUAGUGGUCUACUUAAUCUCACUUUUUUUUUUUAAAGAACAGCGUAUCUACCCUUUUCUGUUGUCUGGCUCUGCUAAAUGAGAUUAUUUUAUUUAUAUGCACACACACACACACACACACUUACAUUCUGAAUAGUGAACUCUGAUAGAAUCAAAAACACCAGGAGUUACACCUUACAGCAAAUUAAGAAACAAUUUGUUUUUUUCUACUUUUCUGCAUGCAACUGUAGUGAGCAAAAUGCUUCAUGUGAAGUUUUGUCCUGAAUUCAUCCCAGAACUGUCGGUUGGACAAGAGCUGCAAUCUCCUAUGUUACUCUCAUGUGCUACUAAUGGGAAGUUAUUCUAUCAAGGAAUAACCAAGUUGUUUUUUCUUAUUCAAUCUACUACUUUGUAACAUUUUAACUUGCUGUAGUAUUGUGGGGAAUCUCUAUGGAUAAAACUAUAGCAAACACAAGAGCUUAGGUUCAUGUGUGACAAGGAAAUUCCAUAAACACAGAUCCACUUGUUUAAUGGUAAAUUCCUCCACACACUCCAAGGAAAAAAA